CGUUGCUGCUCAGAGGUCGGUUUAGCUCUCCCACAACCCGGAAACCGCUUAAGUGCCCGCCAGGUACCCAAGGGAGAAGCCUUACAGGUACCCAUUGGCCCUAAUACCUGUCAGUCAGAGAGCGCUUGGGGAAGGGGGCAGAACAUCAUAGGAGAAUGUCCAAUGAGGAAUGAGCCUGGGCCAAGUCGCUAGGGUGUUUUGGGGACCUAGCAGAGGUCCGGAGAUCGGGCGGGAAGGGACGGGCCAAUCUAAGGAGGCGGGUCCCUCCGGUUUGCCGCAGCCAAUCAGAAGGGCGCUGGCUCGGCUCCGCCCGCCCCCUCCUAGCGGUCUCUUUCUAAGCCGGGUGGCCGCGCGGGUUCCGUUGGCAUUGAGGACUGGCGGCCGUCUUCCCUCUGUCAACCAUGGCGAGCUCGGCCUACGAGGACAGCGCGGGCCAGCACGGAGACUCCUUCCUGUACUUCGCCUACGGCAGCAACCUGCUGUCGGAGAGGAUCCACCUUCGAAACCCCUCGGCCGAGUUCUGCUGCGUGGCCCGCCUGCAGGAUUUUAAGCUUGACUUUGGCAAUUUCCAAGGCAAAACAAGUGAAAGGUGGCAUGGAGGUAUAGCUACCGUUUUUCAAAGUCCUGGCGAUGAAGUGUGGGGAGUAGUGUGGAAAAUGAACGAAAGCAAUUUAAGUUCCCUGGAUGAGCAAGAAGGGGUUAAACAUGGGGUGUAUGUUGUAAUAGAAAUUAAAGUUUCUACUCAAGAAGGGAAAGAAAUAGCCUGUCGCAGUUACCUGAUGACAAACUAUGAGAGUGCCCCGCCCUCACCACAGUACAAAAAGGUUAUUUGCUUGGGUGCAAAGGAAAAUGGUUUACCCCUGGACUAUCAAGAGAAGUUAAAAGCAAUUGAACCAAAUGACUAUAAUGGAAAGGUCUCAGAAGAAAUAGAAGAUAUCAUCAAAAAAGGGGAAGCCAAACUCUUUAGAACAUAACAGAAGACAACCGGACUUUCUCUAUGUACUAUUAGAAAAUAUUUUUAACAUUUGGAGAACAGGGCUGUGGGACAUCUCUAGGUUUAAUCUGCUGAUUAUCAACAGUAUUGUGAAGGUGUCUCAUUUGAGUGACUCCUUAUUUUCUGACUAUGAAAAGGAACGGCGUCUUGAAUUAGACAAUUACAAGGGGGUCUGUGAGUUCCUGGAAUGCAUGGGUCCUGGGUGUGGGUUCUCCUGAGGACACCUAGAAUAGCUCUCUGGAGUUGAUCCUAAGUGUCUCCCUGCUUUGUGAGGAAGGGUAGAUUUGCAGCUCCCUGGAUGACAGUGCUGGUAAUUGCACUGCUGUCUGAGCGUCUUUUUUUAAAUCAACUUAGUAAGAGUAAGGAAACUACAGAGACAGUUGAUUUUU